AUGCUUCGCUCCGCCGCCAAACCCAAGCUUUCCUUGAGCAUCGCUACUGCCAAUACCGCGCGACCCUCUCUAUCAUUGAAGUCACCAGUUGCCCCUCGUACUCCAAUUUCGCCAGCGAGCCCUGCAACCAAGCGUUUCUCUACUUUGCAAGUUCCAAGUUACUCUUAUGUCAACUCGUGCUCGUCAAAGAGCAUCCUCAAGAAGAACUCGGCGGUUCGACCAAGUGCCGCAGACAAGCGCAUUCAGUUCAGUGGCACCCCCACUGUCCACUGCGUGACCCCAAUUGAGAACACCGAUGAAUACUACGGCAAGCAUACCAAGAUUUCCCGAGAAGAGCGACGAUGGAUGGUCCGCGAGUGA